CCUGUUCGUCCUGUUCAUCGCUUCAGACGCUUCCCUGCAGCACGACAUUAACCAAUUAGACCUGUCCUAAAUUAGAUCUGGCUGAAUGGUCACCACCAAAGCCAAAAAAUACAAACAACAACAACGACGCUUCACAUCUACUUCACAGAAGGAGUCGAGGCUUCACAGGCUCUCUUUGUUUUUGGGCUUUUUCGGGGCCACAGGUUGGCUCCUCUACAUUUUUUGAGCUGGGACAGUCAAAUAAAUUAAAAAGCGCGUGCAUAAUUAGUUAAAGAAUCCAGAUAGCCUCCUCCUCCAGCCUGAGGAUGGGUAGUCAAUCGUCUCAAGACAGUCAAGACUCCACUCAACCGGACGCAAUGUGCUUUUCUCCAGGUGUAGAAUCAUCCUCUUGUUUACGGCAUAGCUUAGAUGAUUUUGGACACUUUGAUGAUGAUGAUGAUGGACCUAUUUUGGAGGCAAAAAACACCUGGGUUCUAGUCCUUCACUAUCAAUUCAGUGAUGAUGAUGAUUGGAGACGCGACGGUAACCAGAAAGAUGUUGAAAAUUUAGCUAUGUGUUUUGGGAGGUACAAGAACUGCUGUUUUAAAGCAGUUGGCUCCAUGAAAAAAGAAAGUGUUUUACAAACACUCUCGAACAAUGAAGAAUUUAUCAAGCUCUUCAGCGACUCCGAGCAACCUGCAGUGUUUCUUUUGUUCAUAAUGACUCAUGGCGAUUCAGAUGGACAAUUGUGCACUGACACAGUUGAUCCUUGCUUAGACCAAUAUGAAUGUUUUACCACUUCUGAAAUUAUCAAACGUCUGGGAGAGCUAAGCAUACUUAGCAAUGUUCUGAAAUCGGUCUUCUUUGUGGCUUGUAGAGGCAAUGUACGAGAUCGACCUCAUGUUCCUCGGACCAUUGAGACUUUGGGGAAUAAAAGUCUACGAAAAAAUAAGAAGACGUGCCGUAUUAAACAAUUCCCAGCACAGGAUAAUUUUGUUAUAGUUUACGCCUCAGUUGAAUCUACUGCUUCGUACAGAGAAACUCUCUCUGGAACAUGGCUCAUUCAAAGUGUAUGUGAGAGAUUACAGAACUUAAAAACAGACGAGGCAUUGGAAGUUUUUCUCAGUAAAGUUCUACUUGGCGUACACAAUAAGUCUACCGCGGAAGGAUAUUGCAUAGAUUAUUCGCAGACCCCCGAGAUAAUUUUUACUCCUUGUAAAAGAUUCUUCGUUAAAAAAACUGUGAAUGAUGUGGACAAGGCUACAAAGACUUGGUUAAUAAAUCCUGAACACAGUGGAUUUUUCGAUUGGAAAUCUCAAAAAGGCUCACAGCUCAGACGUCGCUUAGCUGGAAUUUUUUAUGAUGUAAAAUCAAAGAAAUGUGAAGAUCUCGCAUCAGUGCUCCAGAAAAAGCUUGAAUUCGAAACAUACAGCAUGGAAAACUCAAAAGAACAGCUUCAAUCUUUUAAAAAUUUAGCUCAAGGUCCUCAAAGCGAGUUUGGCUGCCUUCUUGUUUGCUUCUUAGGAAGCAUGUACAUAAACUCUAGUGAUGAUAUCUGCAUCAAAUUUAGAGAAGCUGACCGCACAAUUGGAGAGGUUGUGCACUAUUUCAUUGGGCCGCGCAAUGAAAAAUGGAUAGGGAGACCAAAAUUCUUUUUCUUUGUACAGCAAUCCACAACAACUGAUUAUGUUCGUAAGAAGAUUCACCUGAAGGAAUUUGAAAUUAGAGCUACAAAUCACAGUGGAUGGUUUGUUCAAGUUUUGCCCCACACAGCCUUCAUCAAUGGUCUCAUUAAUCUGUUCAAAAAUACCGGCUUACGAGAUGGAGAAGCAAGUGUCCAGGAACUUGCUUUAAACCUGAUGAUUCCUCGCCGUAAUGUGAGUCCUGCGUUUACUCCAAAAAUUGCCACAACCCUUCAAUACCUAGUGAAUUUUCCUAAAGUUCCACUAACGUUUUUGCCACCCAAAUUGGAACUCGCGCAACGUGUACCUGGAAAAGACACUAGUCCUAAUAAGGAGACAAUUGAGUUUGAAAAACUGUGUGAUGUCUUAGUGGAAGAAUUUGAGCAGGGAAAAGAUAGAAACCAAUGUGUUUAUCUUAUCAGUGCUGAGGCUGGAGCAGGAAAAUCUACUAUUCUAGCCGAAAUUUCUCAUUAUUUAUCAAGAAAAAUAGGAAACAAAAUUAUUAAAACUGCUUUCCACGAUGAAAUCAAAAUCUUUGAAAAAUCGAGAAAUGUAGAAAAAAUUUUUCGAUCCUUUACUGAAAAGAAUAAGGAAUGGUUAGUUAAAGCAACCAUAAAAGCUCUUGAAGAAAAGGACGUGCUGUUCAUUUUGGAUGGUUUUGAUGAAAUCUGUCCGGUUUUUCAAAAGCACGCACUUUGCUUGAUUGAAAGCAUUGCUGAUCAAAAGCUACCACUGGUGAUUGCGACUAGACCUGAGGAAGAAGAAAACAUUGAGGGCGCUCUUUCGGAAAAAUAUCAAAUUAAGAAGAUCUUUAUUUGCCCAUUAGAUAGAAGGCAGCAGAAAAAAUUGCUUAAGUUAAAAGGAAAAUUAUCGAAUUCAGAUAUUCCAAAAUUUCUACAAAAACUUUCGGCAGCCGGGGCCAAAGAAAUGCUCCAAAAUCCACUUCAACUUGACCUCAUCUCACAGCUGUAUCACUCCAAUCAAAGUGAAAAACUCAACCUCUACGAGCUCUAUGACAAAGUGAUUGAAAAUUACUUGAAUAAAACAUGCUUAAAAAAGAAUCUAGAUGACGAUACAUACAAGACAAAUCUCAGACUUUGGACUGAAAGUCUGCAGAGAUUUGCUGUUCAGCAAUUUUGCCAGGACUCUGCGAAGAUAAUUAGUAAUGAUGAAAUGAGCAGAAUUGGCAAAUCAGGUGUUGUAACUGUUAUCAAUGAUGAAGAUAACAAUCCGAUCGAAGGAAAAUUUGAGCACCAAACAUUUGCAGAAUUCUUGCUGGCACAGAAAUUUGUUAAUGAACUCAUUGCAGGAAAAGAUCCCACAGUUACUCUCUUGACUAAUCAAUAUUUCCCCAAAAGUGUGGAGUUCAUUGACUCAUUUCUUAAAUUAAGAAACAAGCAGGGAGAGACUCCUGGAAGCGAAGAAGAUCAAGAAGCAGAUGAGCCUGUUUUUUCAAAGGAAGAAGUGGAGUUGUUUGCCAUAAAACUGAAAGAAUAUUGUCUAAAUAGUGACGAUUUCUUUAAUGUCUUGAGCAACGUCAUCAAAGGCAAACACACCAACAUAUUUCAUCUGCUGAAACCAAAUAUUACAUUUGCUGCUGAAGAGAACAGUGAUUCAAAAGUUUUCAUUGAGGAUGGAAGUCCCCUUAUAUUACAAGUUUGCGGCACUAACAGUGACAAAGGUGACCAAGUAGGUGUAAAGUUAAUAAAAAUGGGAGCUCUUCGUGGGGCCCCUGAAGACUUUUCUUUUGAUACUUUAGUUCUAGAAAUUGCAAAAAGUGGGUGCCUUCACGAGAGACUAUUCAACACCGUUUUAGACGAGUAUCCUGAAAAAUUAGGACUCAAAGAGGUGCACUUGCGAAUUGCUGCUGAACAUGGAAACGUGCGACUACUGAGGGAAAUCUUGAAUAAAGAGCACAUAAAUGCCAAUAAGCCUGAUAGUCGCGGAGAAACGGCCCUGCACAAGGCUAGCAAGGGAGGUCAUGUGCCUUGUAUAAAUGAGCUGCUAAAGCGAAAAGCUAAAAUCAAUGCAAUUGAUUCAUUUGGCCAAACAGCUUUGCAUCUGGCUGCUAGAAACGGUCAUGAAGGAGCAGCAAAAUCCCUCCUACAGAAAGGUGCUAAUUGUGCCCUGCAGAAUAAAGAUGGUAAUGAUGCUUUUGACUGCGCUGUGCGUUUUGGAAAUGUUGACACUCUUAAAGUUUUCUUGAAAACGCAGGCUCGGUUAACAAAGAACAAGAUCAUCACAAGAAGAGAUUAUUUAUUUGGUCUAGCUUUGGAAAACCCAGAAUUUGGUGAUGUUUUUAGCUUUCUAAUUGAAAACAGCGGAAGCCAGAAAUUCAUCAACAAUUUUGGUCAAGUGGUGUUAGUGAAGGUUUUUAAAAUGGAUAGAUCUGAUAAAUUUGAAAUCGCUUCCAAGAUUUUGAAGGCAGCAAAAAGAUGCGACUUCAACAGCCCGGACUCUGAUGGAAAUACGCUGCUGCACAAAUAUGUCAAAUGUGGAGAUAUUAAUGUGGUACAGUUUCUUCUGCAGCACGGAGCGCAAAUUGAGAAGAAAACAAAAGAUGGCUCAACGCCUUUUCUUCUUGCAACCAAUUUUUCUGGAGUUCGUAUGUGCAAGUAUCUAGUAAAAUGUGAUGCAAACAAAUACUCAGUAGAUGAAAAAUUGAACAACUGUAUACAUCGUGCAUGUUUUGCCAAUUCACUAAAAAAUCUUGAAUAUUUAUUUAGUUUGGAAAAAAUUGAAUCACUUUUAGCAAAUAAAAAUGAAGAAGGAAAAACAAUUCUGCACGUAGCUGCAGAAAAAUGUUCUGUGAAUGUUUUGACGUUCCUAGCAGAAAAACUUGAGACUCAAGCAUUCAUGGAGCAAGACAAAUUUAAACGCUGGAUGCCCAUACAGUUUGCCAUUAAGUUCAACAGCUUGAAUGUAAUCGAAUAUUUGCUGGAUGUACCAAAAGCCUACGGUUCCUUAACUCACAACAAACUCUUUGCGUUUGCCAAAAAAAUUCGCUGUAAUACCAACACACUAGAUCUGUUCUUGAAUGAGAGGCAAGCACAAAAGCGAAAAUCUGCACACCCUGAUGAAGGAGGGCAAAGUUCAGCUCCCCCAAAGAAAAAACCCAAACUUCAAAAUGAUAUUCGGAGAUAUUUUCCUCCAAUCAAGAAAACUUAAAUAAUGGUAAAUACCAGCAAAUACAAUGUUCUUAGGAAUUAUUGAAAUUAUCAUUAUUGUAAUAAUAAACAUACUCUUAGUGAUAACUUUCUGACCAUUUUGUGAAAACAAUUUGCAAUAUUUUUGAUAUUUAAAAAAAUAAAAAUUUUAACUUUUAUACUGCAUAUUUACAAUUGUACAUUAUUCACUAGAAGCUAUGUAGUUUGUAAAUUGUAAAGAAACAAAUUGAAUUGUAUUUUUGAUAAUAAUAUUUUUUGUGUUUUUUAUCGUCAUAAAUUUUUUACUCUCAAAUAAUUA